AUGAUCCUUCGACGCCUUCCCUCGCCGUCCGUCCCGUCUCCGUCCUCCUCGCGCGCCGGCGUAUCGAGCCGCGCGCGCUCACCCUCCUCCUCCUCCUCCUUCCCGCCGCGUCGUCGUCGUCGUCGUCUUGUCCUUUUCGUCGACGAACGCGCGCAGAUCUGGCGGAAGCGAAUAUCCGCACGCCUCGACCGCGGACGCGAAGCCUCGGAGGACGACGGGGCAGUUGGACGCCGCCCACGCCCUGGACGACGCGUCCGUGUUGAGCUUGUGGAACGCGGCGUACGCGGCCGCGAGCGCGCCGAGCUCGAGCGCGACCGCGUACGCGACGAGCUCGCGCGCGCGUCGCAUCUGAGGGGCAGUCUGUCUGUCGCUUCGAGUCGAAAAGUUUUUCCGAGAAAUGCAGAGCGCGGCGACCCGUUCGCUGGCAUUCCCGACGGACGCGGGGCGUCGUCCGCGUCUCCGCUCGCGAGCGCGCGCGCGAUGCCGCGCCCCGCGAACGACGACGCGGGCGCCGCCGCGGUCGCGAACGGCGACGACGGACGCUUCUCCUAUCUGGACCCCGCGCCCGCCGGCGCGCCGCCGCUCUUCGCGUCCGCGCUCGUCCCCGUCGACGGCGCGCGCGACCCGAGCACGACGCUGCGCGUGACCGAAGACGUCGUCGCCUUCGCGGGAGGCGCGGUCCAUCGUUUGGAGUGGUGCGCGGACGGCGCGCACCUCGCGGUGGAAGCGCGCCCGCGCUCCAGACCGAUGCACUACUUCGACGAGCUCGGGACGGAGCCGCCCGAGCGCGACGGCGUCGUGCAGGUGUGGCGCUUCGACGACGGACGACGACGAGGCCAUCGACCGGGCGACGGCGAAUCCGUGGAAUCCGUCGGCGCGAACGCGUCAGCCGUGCUCGGCAUCUCGCACUCCGGCGGCGACGUCUUCGACAUGAAGUGGGCGCGAUCGCCGCCCUCCGAGGUCGCCGCGCUCGAGGGCGCGGACGCGACGCGUCACGACGACGCCGCGAAUACCCUGGGCGUGCUCGCCGUCGCGCUCGAGACGGGCGCCGUCGAAGCGUGGCUCGUGCCGUCUCCCGCGAGCGUCUCCGCGACGCAUCGAACGCCGCCGCCGACGAUCUCGCCCAACGUGUGCUUCCGCGGCGUCCUCCCGCCCAGCGCCGGCGUCGCGCUCGCGCUCGACUGGGCGUGCACGAAGCCGAAGCGCCGGCUCGCGGUGGCGACGAGCGGUGGGUGCGCGUAUCUGUUCACGCUGGACGGCGGUGAGACUAGACUGAGACUGCUCCCCGUACGACCCCGUUCGCGCGCGCGGUGCCGUUCCUUAAGGACUUUUCCCGUCGUCACUCUUCACCCGCGCUUCCCUUUCAACGUUUGA